GGGCAGAACUUCCGGCAGAACCGGAAGAUCCGCUCCCUCGCGGUUUCCAAAGGCUCUGGGCUGCAGGACGCGGAGGUGAGGUCCGGGACGGUUCCGGUGACUCCAGGGUGUCUGGCCCACGACCUAGCCUAGGCGUCAUGGGUGUGAUAGGUAUACAGCUGGUCGUUACCAUGGUGAUGGCCAGUGUCAUGCAGAAGAUUAUACCUCACUAUUCUCUUGCUCGAUGGCUACUCUGUAAUGGCAGUUUGAGGUGGUAUCAGCAUCCUACAGAAGAAGAAUUAAGAAUCCUUGCAGGAAAACAACAAAAAGGAAAAAGCAGAAAAGAUAGGAAAUAUAAUGGUCACAUUGAAAGUAAGCCAUUAACCAUUCCAAAGGAUAUUGACCUUCAUCUAGAAACAAAGUCAGUUACAGAAGUGGAUACUUUAGGUAAGGGAAAUCUUGAUAAAAUAUUCUGGAAAUCUUACUUGAAGCUCCCACAAAGUUAUUUGUGGUUUUUCCUGAACUUUUCCUUCUGCAGCAAAGUUCUAUUUUCAUUAACUACACACUAUUUUAAAGUAGAAGAUGGUGGUGAAAGAUCAGUUUGUGUCACCUUUGGAUUUUUUUUCUUCGUCAAAGCAAUGGCUGUCUUGAUCGUAACGGAAAAUUAUCUCGAAUUUGGACUUGAAACAGGGUUUACAAAUUUUUCAAACAGUGCGAUGCAAUUUCUUGAAAAGCAAGGUUUAGAAUCUCAGAGUCCUGUUUCAAAACUUACUUUCAAAUUUUUCCUGGCUAUUUUCUGUUCACUCAUUGGGGCUUUUUUGACAUUUCCUGGAUUACGGCUGGCUCAAAUGCAUCUGGAUGCCCUGAAUUUGGCAACAGAAAAAAUUACACAAACAUUACUUCAUAUCAACUUCUUGGCGCCUUUAUUUAUGGUUCUGCUCUGGGUAAAACCAAUCACCAAAGACUACAUUAUGAACCCACCACUGGGUAAAGAAAAUAUCCCUUUAAUGACAGAAGCUACAUUCGAUACUCUGCGACUCUGGCUAAUAAUCCUGCUGUGUGCUUUACGGUUGGCCAUGAUGCGUAGUCACCUGCAAGCUUAUUUAAACUUAGCCCAGAAAUGUGUGGAUCAGAUGAAAAAAGAAGCAGGGCGAAUAAGUACAGUUGAGCUACAGAAAAUGGUGGCUCGAGUCUUUUAUUACCUUUGUGUCAUUGCACUGCAGUAUGUGGCACCUCUGGUAAUGCUGCUUCACACAACUCUGCUUUUGAAAACAUUAGGUAAUCAUUCCUGGGGGAUUUAUCCAGAAUCUCUGUCUACCUUGCCAGUGGAUAAUAGCCUACCCUCCAAUUCUGUUCACUCUGAAUUACCAUCUGCUGAUGGGAAGAUGAAGGUAACUGUUACACAAAUAACAGUGGCACUGAGCAGCUUAAAAAAUAUUUUUACUCCUCUCCUUUUUCGAGGACUUCUAUCUUUUCUGACCUGGUGGAUUGCAGCUUGCCUCUUUUCUACAAGCCUUUUUGGGCUUUUCUAUCACCAGUAUCUGACUGUGGCAUGAAUCUCAGUUAACAAAAAGGAUAUACAAGUCUUACUUUAAAUUCAAAUACUUGUGCCCUUGAAGGGCUGAUGAAAACCAGAAGAAAUCAAAUACAAAGAAAAAAAAGAACAUAUCAAAAUAUCUUAUUUUAAAUGUUUCCUCUGUAUUCUCAGGGUGAAUUAAUGUUAUAAUAUUUAAAAUCACAGAAUAGAUUGUUCACUGUUACACUGUGGCAUUGGAAUUUUAACUCUUUGUAUUUACUGAUGUGAGAGGGCUAUCUACAAGGGUAAUACUUAUAAUUACCUUGGUUUACAGAAACCUCCAGCAGUCUUCUUUGAAACAUCUCAUAUGACUCCAGUUAUUGACUGAUUAUGCUUAAUGGUAUUAAGGUACUGUUAAUAGUCAUAGUGGCUACCUAUAGAACAGUCUUCAACCUGAGCCAUGCUUUAGGGGAGGGAAAAGAGCUAAAGUCACUUCUGUUGGUAAUAUAUCAGUUACUGUUCAAACAACAGUAAAAUCCAACAGAAAGAAAGAGAUUGCUACUGUAUAUUACAGUAAAGAAAGCUGCAUAGUUAUUUUAAAUUUAAUGGAGAUAUACAUGCUGAAUAUCUACAAGUACCGCUGCUUGAGAGUAGCAAGAUGUUGUUUUAAAAUGUAUACUACCCAACUUGAGAGUUUUUUUAAAUGAUAGGCCAUAUAACAUCUGCAAUCUUGCUGUUAGGUUUGGCCUGCCAUAUUUUAUUUUAUUCUAUGAUCCUGAAUAGUUCGUUUUAAUAGUCUAAAAAUAUUUAUCAAUAUUGAUCAGACUUUUAAAAAAUUACUUUGUAAUCCUGCUGACUACCUGUAUGUAUUGUAUAUAUAUUAUAUAUUAAACAUAUAAUAUAUUGAGAUUUUAAAAGAUGAAAAUAUUGAAUUCUUAUAAUAUUUUAUGUUGCUGAAUGUAUGUCAAAAAGUGAUUUGAAUGAGAUGUAGUUGUAUCUAGAAAUUUUAUUUCUUUUUGGAAUGAAAUUAAAAUACAUUUUGAAAGUUCA